AUGCAGCCGGUUCUGUUUUCACCGAGUCGCCCUCAGGCUACGUCCCGCCGGGCCAGGGACGCCUCGAAGCAGGGCCCCUGGCGCUGCUCCAACUGCCCCAAGGAGUUCGCUCAGAAAUAUCGGUACAAGCACCAGCAGCGCUGCAUCCAAGCAUCCCAACGACAAAAGUUGUCCAAGCAGAAGUCUUGCACAGCCUGCGCAGCCUCCAAGUUGAGCUGUGAUCUGGGCACGCCGUCAUGUUCACGCUGCAUCAACAGGAACAAGACGUGCCGAUACGUCUCGGCCAGCAAUCCCAACGCCACAUCUCAGCAGACAGAGGCAGCCCAAAGGCAUCGCGGGCAGAACAUUCGCCCCGAGUCGGGGCAGGUCUACGAAAACAAUAGCAUCAUCGGAGAUAACCCAUUAUCGUCAAAUUACACUACUCGUCGUCAAUCGGAGCUUGAUAUUGAAGCUGUCAUGCAGGAGGCGGGGGGUCAAAGGCUCUCCUCUGACAUCUCGAACAACAUAUCACUUACAGCUCUCCAACAACACCAAUUACCUGUACCUACAUCCAACGGUACAAACGUCAAUGGUUGGCAUGUGAACACGCAGCCAGGUACAGCAAGUGUUGGCUAUGGAGAUGGCACGUCAAGCCCAGGCCAGGUUGAAAGAGACAGCAUCUCAUUUCUUAACUUGACGAAUGAGGCAGAGUCCGCGUCUCGAUGGCAGCAAGAAAUACCUUGGUUCUCACAGAAUCCAUUUCUUUCCCCUGAACUACCAAUAUCGCCCGAGCUCGAAGACCCCAUGCAAGGAAAUGGCUUCACAGGAGUUUCUGAGGAUUUAAACUUUGAUCUUCUGGGCUCACUUGGAAUCUUGACUCAUAAUCGGAUCACGCCAGGCCAGACAUCUCAAGCGGGCGGGUUCUCCACUAUGCUGAACACCCCAGUCUCAUCUGAUGGCCACUAUCCAAGAACAGCAUCGUCUGCCAACCUCGGCAGUAACCAAAACUCUCCUCUUCAUGCCGAAGCUGACACUGAACAAGGCAAAACCCUCCACAGUGCUGUCAAAGCUGUGCGUGGUAAGGGCUUGCCAAAUACAGCCGCACCGCGUCCGCAGUAUGGUGUCAGUCAAAACCUGCAGUCAUGUCCUUUCCACAGACUCCACAAAGACGAUGAUCUCAUCAAAAUGGUCAGCAAUUACCCCAGUGUCAUGUUGCAACCAGGAGUAUAUCCCCCAUUUGUGCAUCACAAGCUCUAUCGAUGUUCUGCUGGGGAUGUGGCAGAGCCACUAGCUAAGGCUUUUUGCUGUGUCGGGGCGUUCUAUGCUUCUGUCCCUGUAAGCGAGACAUUUGUUUACUCGCUCAUAAACGAGGAGAGCAAUAAGCUUGUUAAAGGUUUUCAUCAAUUACCCGGCUCAGAUGCCGACAUGCUUGCGGUAGUCCAUGCUAUGUGUAUCUAUCAGAUCCUGGGUUUCUUUGUCAGCGUAAAUCCAGAACAGACACGUGCAGCUGAGUCACAGCAAAUGUUCUUCCUCAAAAUGACGAGACGUCUCGCCAAACAAUAUCUCCAAGCCUCAACAGUCGAGGAUGGAGAAGAGAGCAAUUGGCGAAAGUGGCUUAUGGACGAGACAAUCCGAAGGACUGUGUUCCUCGUCAAUGCCAUAAAUACGCUAUCCUGCCGCGUUCAGAAGCAGGAUCCGAACUACUUUGAACCUCUAGACGAUAAUCUCGUUCAUAAUUUGACUCUCCCAGCACCCGAGUCUGUCUGGAAGGCCUCUUCGGCAGAGGAAUGGAUGCUUGCCAAGUCUAAACUUCUGUCCGACGAUCUAGCACGCACAAAGGUUACCAUUCGCCAGGCUGUUGAUCAGAUCAGGGAUUCAGGAAGGCCUGGGGAACGAGGCUCUCGAGCUAGCCAGGUGCGGUUCGACAUGUUUGAUGAUUUCACGAAACUCGUCAUUGCUACAGCAGAUGUACAGUAGCAGAAUCUCGGGCUUUAGUCAUGCUACUAUGCGAAUUUAAGAGUGGCUCUUUUCGAAGACGCAACCCAUUAUACUCUAGGC